AUGUUACCGGAAGAUACUAUCCCCAAGUCACCUCUUGAUAAGCCGCUUCAGCAGCUCACAGAAGAAGACAUUUCUCCGAUUACCCGUGAGGACUGCCGCCGUUACCUCAAGGAGAAAGGGAUGAGGAGGCUGUCGUCGAACAAAUUGCAGGCGAUUCAGCAAGUGAUAAUGCACAAGAGGCUACUUGAAACGACGACGUCAGAUGCUGAAGCUGAGGCUUGCAAAAAGCUCUACCUUCCCCACCCUAAUAAUGAGUACGAUGAUAAUCCGCAGGGCGUGAGGGAGAAGCUGCCAUUUAUGAGAAAGGAUCUGGGGAAACCUGAUUCUCCUGGUGAUCUGUGUGGGAGCUUGGUUUCUGCCAACAAUGAAUCUGCCCCUCCUAGGCAGGGGCGAAUUCAGACUUAUAGUUCAGCUAGGGCGGCGAAUGUUGACCCGUGA